ACAGGGGGCGCCAAAAAUAGCCACAAACUGAACAUUUCUGAAAGAAGAUUGAAGCUUUUAGGCUACAAGUAACUUUUUAUUGUAACCAAUUUAAAUGCAUUUGUUGAUUUAUUCUGUAAAUACAUGCAUUCAGACAUUGCAAUUUUUGGGGUAUACAUUUUAAUAGAUGUGAAACUGAAAUCACAAAGACUCCAGCUUUGUAAGGUCAUAAUCAAUGUCAGCAGGGAGUAGGUACUUUCUGGCCAAGGGCACAAGUCAGACCAGCAGGCUGUUCUGGCGGAGUGAACUUAAGCAUAGUUGAGCUCACCCUGCUUACUCACUGCCGGUAACUGACCACUCACCUCUGUUAUCCUAUUAGUCAGCUGCACGUAUGGAUACGAGAUGCAGUGAUCCUGUGCGGAAAAGUAGAAUAUGAAUAUUUAUUGAUGGAACACCUAGUAACUUACUGCCAACUUUCACCUGUGGUGAGUGUGCAGAAUAGAUCGUAUCCCUAAGAUGUGAGGCUUUCAUUUCUGCUGUAAAUUCAGACCAUUGCAAGACAUGGAUGUGGGAUUUUACGCGGAAUGGAGAGGAUCUCUCACCCUUACAUGAGAUUAUUGUUCAUUCCUGCAGCAAUGAGCUGGAGGCAAACAACAGCAUGAGCUGGACAUGCAUGCCAAAAGAAAAAAAAAUAUCCAGAUGUGAGAGUGUGUGAGUGAGGAUGCUGAGGGGCGUAGCAGUGUUGUGCCCCUCAUGGUCAGCGCUCAGGAAUUAAAAUGCAUGCCUCUCAUUGCCUGGGAGCGUGUAAUACGCGAGAAACUGUUCCCAUCCUCCUCGCUCGCAGGAUAUAAAAAAAAAACGCAUGGAUGUGCUUGUUCCAGGAGGUGAGUGAGUAAAUCUCCUCCCGGUGUUUUCGUAUUCAAACAGACAGCGAUGUGAGGUUGCCGGUUUUGAGCUUGUUUUCCCUCAUAGUGGAGCCUCUAAGCUGUGACUGAGCUGAUUUCCCUGCUUUUUCCCUUCUCCGCGGAGCUUUCAGACGCACCGCGCGGAAAUAACGGGACUCCACUCGCGGACUUUCGGUGGAUCAUUAAACAAUGUCUGGUGGAUCAGUAACUGACCUCUCAGUGUCAACAUCUGAGUAGUUAGUUACACUGACUGAAUCUGAUUCACCGGGAGCCAUCAAGCUGACGGAUUAACUUUUUGGAUUUGACUUUUAUUUGGUUUCAAAGAAUCAGAAAAGUAAAAAUGCCAAUGGAUUGUUCUGAUUAACAUUCAUGCACCCAAUCCUGUGUUGUAUGAAGAGAACAGCAGGGUAUGCUCAUUGGACAGCAGUGGCUAUAUUUGAGCUCCUUGCACCAUGUGGUCAACAGGGUGGCUUUAUCCUCACACCUUCAGGACUCUAGAAUUAUCAUGAUGCUAUUUUUGUCUGCUGCUCUUGCAAAAUUCCUAGCCAGCGGAAUCUGACUGUGACAACAUGUCCGUACCAAAGCGAAGAAAAAUCAGGACUUUGGCUCUGCUAUUUUGUGUCAUCACAUUCACAAUGUUCUUCUUCAGUUACACCUUUCGGGACCCCUCUUUCUACUUCUUCAAGUACGCUUUUCGCCUCUCAGACAACUUUUUCUCCAAAGGGCUAUGCGCCUGUAGACAGUGCAUGACAGAGCUGGAGGACGACCCUUGGUUUGCUGAGCACUUCAAUCAGUCCAUCCACCCUUUGAUGACCAGGGAGAACAGCGUUCUUUCCGAUGAAACCUUUAAAUGGUGGCAGUGGUUGCAGUCAGAGAGGCAGCCGGCCAACUUCAGUGGAGUGGUGGAGGAGCUGUUCCAAGUCAUCCCUGAUGAUGUGCUCUACAUGGACGCCAGCCCUGAGCGCUGCAGGACCUGUGCCGUGGUUGGGAACUCUGGGAACCUAAAGGGCUCCCUGUACGGCGGCCUCAUCGACUCCAGUGACUUCAUCAUAAGAAUGAAUCAGGCUCCCACCUCCGGUUUUGAGGAGGAUGUGGGUGCGAGGACGACACAUCAUGUCAUGUAUCCAGAAAGUGCCAUAGACCUGGACAAUGCCACCAGCCUGGUGCUGAUCCCUUUUAAGACACUGGACCUGCAGUGGAUUGUUAGUGCUCUUACAACGGGAACCAUUAAACACACAUAUAUACCUGUUAUGUCCAGGAUAACGGCAAACAAAGAUAAGGUUCUAAUUUACAGUCCAACGUUUUUCAAGUAUGUUUAUGAGUCUUGGCUUGAGGGUCAUGGACGAUAUCCUUCCACUGGAUUUCUCAGCUUGCUGCUGGCUAUCCACAUAUGUGAUGAGGUCAGUGUGUAUGGAUUCGGGGCAGACCAGUAUGGAAACUGGCACCAUUACUGGGAGGAGAACCAUUUGGCGGGAGCCUUCCGACACACAGGAGUCCAUGAUGGAGAUUUUGAAUAUAAUGUCACUCUGCUGCUCGCAGACAAGCACAAAAUCAGAAUGUUCAAAGGCAGAUGAUAUGUGGAGUGGGAUGACCACCAAAUGGCCCUGAAGAGCCUUUCUUAUCUUCUCUUUAUCUCAUGUAGGAAGAAUGUUCCGACCUUCAAGAACACAUUCAAACUCUGGAACUCUGGUCUGUCCUGUUUCGCGUCCUUUAACUAAGCCACUGUUUGAGAAAUGUCAUUCUUACUGACAAACCAACCAACCAACCAAAACACACAGGAGAAAAGCAACAUUGCCACUCCUACUCCCAUGGUAUGCAUUAUUAUCUAGGGAACAUUCUUUAUGGUCUGGCAUAACAAAUGAAAUGUGUCUGACUUGUCAGCAGACAUACGUGUGUUCUCUUUAUGUUCUUUUUUCUUCCAAUGGCUUGGAAUCUGACUGUUGGACGGUUUGUUAACGUUGUUGACAGCCAUAGUCAAUGUGUCAUUAUUACUCUGUUGAUGUACAGUAUGUAUGGGCUAAAAUUAGUAGUAAUAGAUCUGAAAAGGAGUAUUAUUGGUAUUAAAACACAUGCAACAAAUUGUUAUUAACUACUAGCUACUUUCAUUUGCUUGUCUGAGCUAUACAGUAAUACUGUUUGUCAAGUCCAAGGGAUACCUGGGAUAAUAGCAACAAAGAAAUAGCUUUAAUAAGAGAAAAAUAUAGAAAGCCUACAAUUCAUGUUUAGACAUUUAUGGACUCCGGAAAGGAAUCUUGACUUCCUGUUCUUCAGAUUUUACCCCAUUGGAUUUUCAUUUAUAAUUAUUUUUUUAUGACAUACAGUAUGUCAUCAACUAUUAUUGUGGCGAAAUUUGGUACCUAUAUUUAUGCCCCCAUCCCCCUAACGAACUGUGAAAAUGUUGGUGGUUUGUAUUUAAUGUAAUGUCAUCAUCAAGUCAAAAAUGAAAUUUGUCCAGUAACACAGUGCAACCAAAUACUUGCAAAACCAAUGACAUGCCAUUAGCCUCAGAUGGAGAUUGUUUGCCAUGCUAUUUAGAAAAUACUAGCAUGCUAAAAGGCUAAACAUACAUGGUGAACGUGAUAAUCAUUGUGCUAUUUCACAUCAGCAUGUUAGCAUCGCUGCGUGAGCAUUAGCUGGAUGCUAUUGUUAGCAUUUAGGUCAAUGCACCAAUGUGCCUGUGUAAGGAUACACAAAGCCCCUAGCUUGGCUAUAGACUUUAGCUUCAACUCAAGCAGAACAAGUAUACUGUAGCUGCAACUUUGAGCAAAGGGCCUCAUUCACCAUGUAUUCCUAAGCUUUUUCUUACAUUUCUGUUCUCAAGAAGUCAAGGAAGAUUUGUAGACCUGUUUUAAAUGUUCACACAGCCUGUGUUCUUAAACUGAUGAAUGCUAAGCCCUUGUAAGUAAAAGUUUACGCACCUGACUCUCAGUGUUUCCUCAAACAGAUGUAUCGGAUGAUAUCAAUGAACUAGAGAACGCUGUCACCAGACAAAAGAGACACCAGAUCAAGUGAAUUGAAUCUGAUCUAAUAUCUUCACAGUAAAAGUUUGCAAAAAUGGGAGACACUAACUAUAUGUUGUAACAUUGUAAACAUUGUGCAACAUGUAAACAUUUUGCAGUUUAGACCAACCAUAAUACAACUGAAAUGAAAGCUGGCUACACUAAUAUCGAGUAUUUAUAUACAGUACACCUACAAUGGUGCAAAACUAAGAAAAACACAAUACCUGAUAAUUUUGCCCUGGCAUAGCCACAAGUUUGCUCACAAGUGUUUGUAGAUGCACUUCUUAGCUAAGAACAAAUCCUUACAAAGACAACUUUGGUGAAUGUCAGAAUCCUCUUGAGAUCAUGUGUACGUGGGUUUUAAGAAGAAAGGUUCUUUUUAAGACGUGUUGGUGAAUGAGGCCUAAAGUUCUCAACCCGUGUCAAAGUUAGCACAUACAUUGUCCUAAAAAUGUGAGAAUGAACGUCAGUUUUACUCAUGUAAUUUAACUGCAUGGCUUAUUACAAAAUGGGUAAUUAAUGAUGAAACACAUUGUUUAAGGGUUGAUUUUUGAAAAGUCCUGAUGUACAGUAGAGUUCUGCUAUUGUAGAUGUUAUGAAAAAAAUAACUAAAGAAAUGUUUGAGAGGCUACACAACACAACAGCUUAUUUAUCAAUGUAUAGAAAGUUGUUAUUUAUUUGCAGAAAUCUGACAUUUAAUACAGCCUAUAGGGUGCCUUAUGAAUAUAAUCAAUGAUGUUCUGUCAUUAUUAUGUACAUUGUAAUAUAUCUUUUCAUAAAACAGUAGGAGUUAAGUGCCUUUAAUGGAUUCUUUUUUAGAAUUAUUAGUGUUACAGCAUUUGAAUUAAUCUUCACAUGUUUAAAUAUUAUUGUUGCGUAUAGAGUGUUAAUUUGAAGAAUAAUAUGCAUGGUUCAUGUGUACGGUGUAUCUUAUUAAUUCUUUAUCAGUAAUAUCAUUUUGUUGAUGCCACAGAAUAAAAUGUUUGAUUACAAGUGUAUGAUAGUCAGUAUGGCUUUACAAGGUUGUCUCAAUUUUAAAUUAUAAACUGCACUCUGAA